GAAAUAUGAAGCCGGAUCAAUAUGUUGUUCCUUUGUGGAAACUGUAUUUAGAACGUAAUUAUUUGAUAUUGAAAUUUCUUUCAUCUUUGACUUAUGUCAUGGAAUCCUGAUGCCAUUUUAAAAUGUCAUGAAGAAAUCAAAAGAAAACAAGGCCUUUAAGAAAUUGAGCAUGUGCUGAAAAUCCACUUAUCUUGUAAAUUAAAGCCUACUUAGCGAUGAGAAUAAUUAUUAAUGUUUUGACGCUCCUUAAAACAGUAGUUAUUUUCGUAUUAAUAAAUGAACCAAAUCAAAUAUCUGCAGCUUCCCUCAACAGGGACAAUGAUUCAAAUCCUGAUGUGUACAUUGAAGACCAUGUAAUCAAUAAGCAUGAAUCCCUCAAGACUUGCUUGAGUUUUGAACUGGAACCGCACGAAUAUGAGUUAUACCCAAACAAGACUGCUGUUGUUUCAAAAUAUAAUCAAACCUACGAAGAACCAUUUUAUGUGUUGAACGGUGAUUAUCUUAGAAUUUGUGUACCAAUCGGAGAGGAAUAUUCAGAAGAAACUCUCCUGGCACAGAAUUUAGGUUUUCCACCCAUCUUGGAAAAGUUUACCCUCUUUGGGACAGUCAUAUCCAUACUAUUUUUGUUUAUCCACAUCACUGUAUUUUGCAUGGUACCAGAUUUACGCAAUUUGCCAGGAUGUAAUUUGGCAUCACUGUGUUUAUCAUUGCUUCUGACUUAUUUGUUGAUGCUGAUAUUGGAGAUUCAACAAGUGGCUCAUAAUGAUAUUGCAUGCACUGCUGGAGCUUUCUUGAUACAAUUUUUCUUUUUGGGAUCAUUUCUUUGGAUGUUUGUCAUAUCCUUCGAUAUCUUCUUGUCCAUUCGUACUGCCACAAGAAAUCUCAGGACUUCAAGUAAGCCAUUUGAUCUGAAAAAAUAUAUGCGUAACAGCCUUAUUUGCUGGGGUAUACCUCUGGUGUUCACAUCUGUAACUUUAAUUGCUGAGUACGUGAAUGGGAUACAUGAAUCCUACAAGCCAAAGUUCGUCGUUGAUUGUUGGUUUCGAUCGGAACUUUCCUUUGUGUCGUUCUUUGCUGGUCCUGUGUUCACCAUCAUCUGCGUAAACUUCAUCCUAUUUGGAAUAAGUGCUUAUAAUAUGAGUACAAAUAGAAUAAGACUUGAAAACAGCGGUAAUGGUACUUUUUUGAAGAAAAAUUAUUUGACCUAUCUUCGAUUGGCUGUUAUCAUGGGUGUGACUUGGGUCAUUGGAAUAUUAGCUUCACUUCUUCACGCUCCUGUUUGGUGGUACUUAUUUUCCAUAUUCAAUGCCUUCCAAGGAUUAUUUAUAUUCUUGUGUUUUACUUGCAAUGGCAAAGUAAAGAAAUUUUUGAGAGAAAAGGCAGGUUCUUGUAACACCGGUGUUUCAGCUCCAGUGGGCUAAUGCAAACACAACCUAAAAGAACUUGAGAAAAUGUGUAAAUAUUUUUAUGUUUCACUUGCAACAGCAAAGUAAAGAAAUUUGUGAGAGAAAAGAAAACAGAUUCUGGUAACAUCGAUGCUUCUAUUCAAUUGCAUUAAUUUAAAAACCACCUAAAAAAGCUCAAGAAAAUAUGUAGAAAAAUAAAACAAAUUUGGUCCAACAAAUAACUAUAGUUAUGUAAAUAUAUAUGCAGAUUUGUAGUGAGCUUAUA